AGCCUCCUGGUUAGCACUCUUUGGUCUUCGGCUUUUUUUUUUUUUUUGGCUGCGACUUGCAGGCUGAUUGCAGGAAAAACGAUUUGCACGUGGAGAGGCGCGUGGACCCCGCGACCUCACCCUCCUCACCCGCAUGUUUGAGGAGCCGGAGUGGGGCGACGAGGCCCCGGUAGUCGCGGCCCUCGGGCCUCUAUCUUCAGAGAGUCGGCCCACCGCAGCCUCACGAACCAAGGGUUCUAAACGCCGCCAGCUCUUGGCCACAUUACGGGCUCUGGAAGCAGCAUCUCUUCCCAAGCAACCCCCUAGCCUGCCUGGCAGUGACUCUGAGGAGGAAGAGAAGGUAGAGAGGAAGAGGAAACGUCUGAAAAAGGCUUCUUCUGCUAGUGCUUCUACUGAAGUAGAGGAGAAAAAUAAGAAGAAACGUCAAAAACGGGACCCACCUGGCAGAGACUCUGAGGAACAGAAAGUGGAAAAAAAGAAAUGUCGCAAAGGUGCCCUUCUUGGCGCUGACUCUGCAGAAGCUAAAAGGCGGAGGAAAUGCCAGAAGCAGCCCCCUUCAAACCCGACCCAGCACCUGGAACACAUUAACCAAACAGGACCCAAAGCUGAGAAGAGUGGUGUUACAAAUGACUCAUCCAAGUCAAGCCCUGGGACCACUUCCCCUGAGCGCCCCCAUGUCUUGAGUCGCAAGCAGUGGCGGAACCGACAGAAGAACAAGCGCAGACACAAGAACAAGUUCCGGCCACCUCAGCCACCAGAUCAGGCACCAGCCACAGCUCCCACAGGGGAGACAGAGGUGCCUCCCGCUCCCAGCCCAGACAGCCGCGAGGCCCGGGCAGGGGCCCUGAGAGCCCGCAUGGCACAGAGGCUGGAUGGUGCCCGGUUCCGCUACCUCAAUGAGCAGCUGUACUCGGUGCCCAGCAGUGCUGCCCAGCACCUCUUCCAGGAAGACCCUGAGGCCUUUCUCCUCUAUCACCGUGGCUUCCAGAGCCAAGUCAAGAAGUGGCCGCUGCAGCCGGUAGACCGCAUUGCCAAGGAUCUUCGCCAGCGGCCCGCAUCCUUGGUGGUGGCUGACUUUGGCUGUGGGGACUGCCGCCUCGCUUCGAGUAUCCGGAAUCCCGUGCACUGCUUUGACUUGGCCUCUCUGGACCCCAGAGUUACUGUGUGUGACAUGGCUCAGGUUCCUCUGGAGGACGAGUCCGUGGAUGUGGCUGUAUUCUGCCUUUCACUCAUGGGAACCAACAUCAGGGACUUCCUCGAGGAGGCAAAUCGAGUGCUGAAGCCAGGGGGUCUUCUGAAGGUGGCUGAGGUCAGCAGUCGCUUUGAAGAUGUUCGGAACUUUCUGGGGGCUGUGACCAAACUGGGCUUCAAAGUCAUCUUCAAGGACCUGACCAACAGCCACUUCUUCUUAUUUGACUUUCAAAAGACUGGGCCCCCUCGGGUAGGGCCCAAGGCUCAACUCUCAGGCCUGAAGCUUCAGCCAUGUCUCUACAAGCGCAGGUGACCUCUGGAUGCCUCUUGCAGAGAGAGGCAAGUGAUAAUCCCAAGGCUGGGAACUCUGUGGACUGUCUCAACAAGUGUGAGCCAGAACCCUGGAAAACACUUCCACCACCCAAGAGCAAAAUGUGAUAAAACCCGGCUCAGCCUUAAUCUAGUGAAGGCUUCUUGGUUUUGGGUAGACGGGGUGUAUGGGAAUUGUGGGUCCCCCUUGGGUGAUAUGGAAACAAGAUGCAUUGGAAAUCAAGACUUCUCUGGGUUUGGCAUCUCUUUCCAUCUCCCUAGAAUCUCACAGGUUUUCUUUCCUGGCAACUGCACACUCUGCUUCUGCUCUUCCAUAUGGUACACCAGUUCCCUCAUGCACAGCUUCUGCACUGUCCGAUUCCAUCUCAGACAGGCAGCUGUUCCUUCUUGGCUCUGAGGCAUCUGUAGCCACCAGCGAGCAUCCUGGCUUGACAUGUCAGUUUGGGCUUCCUCCAGCUUUGUCUUUAGAGCUAUGUGGCCUAAACCACUUCUGAUACCCAUUGCCCUCUGGGGCCUUUGUGCAUGUAUGGCCGAGAGUAGAGAUUCUGGAAUCAGGUAGCUCUGUGUUCAAGGCCUGACCUUCUACUUAAAUGUCACAUUCAUCACUUGGAAAAUGUGAUUUCCUAGUAUUUCAUUCUCCUGGGAUUGCUGUGUGGAUUGAUUGAGGAAAUUUAUACACAGGCCUGGGGACCAAGGAGGUGAUCAAUAUACUCUCACCAUGGCUGUUGAAAACCAUGUGUUGAAAACCUGUUGUUCUCCAGAGACCUUCCCUAGGCAGGGUUGGAAGUAGAAAAGCAAAGAAAUGGGUUUGUUGACUGAGGAGGAUUUGGGGAUAGCUCAAGCUAGACCUUUCAAAAGGUUCAUUUCAUUGGAUGUUUAAGAGUUUCUUGAAAGGUUCUGAGCAGUCCAUGGAGAGAGGUGAUAAAGGGGCUGGAUCUGUGUUCAUAAAUAAUCGCUGGCUGAGGCCAUGUUUGGGUGGGGGCGUUGGGACUAUUCAUUGAUGGAAUAUUUCUGCCUUACAGUGGGCCCAGAUCAGGUCUUUUGGGGGAUUGCACUGGGGCCAUUCAAGAAACCUGAGGUAUUUGUUCCUACAGCCAAGGAAUGAUAAGCUGAACUCUGGCUCUUGCCCUGGAGCUGGGUCAGGCAAGCAGGGCUUUCUCACCCAGUGGUGCUGCUCCUUUUGCAUGGACACAGAUUUCCAGAAUUUGCCCCAGCAGGUGAUGUAUCAGUGUAUCUUGGUACUCUAUAGGAGAGAGGGAAGUGUUGGGGGAGAGAGGAAAAUCUGCAAUAGGACCAUUUGACUAGGCAAAGAAGGAGACCAUAGUUUGAAGACACUGGGAGUGUGCCUUGUGAGCUGAGGAGGGAGACUACCUAGGAUAAAGCUGAGUUGAGGCAACUACAGAAAAAGGAACAGCGGGGAUUCUCUCUUUAAAUAUUUGCCAGGCCCACAGGGCACAGAACCACCCAGUGAAGCAAGAACUAUUUUAUUCCUUUAACUUCUCUGUACUCGACUCAGAACCAUCAGCAAGCUACCGGGUGGAGAUGAGAAGAGCAGAGAGCUUACAGAUCAUCCCUCUGCCCCUGUGCUCCUUAAUUGGCACAGCUGGGAGGGGGGAAGACUUCAAGCUACAACAGAUGUAGAUUACUUAUUGUGAUAAAGGAUUAAACAUGAGGUUGUAUGAGGUUGUGUAUCUUAAAUGGAUCACAAGAUUAUGAACUAAGAAUGAGCUGAAACAUCACAGACUUCCAGCAGCUUUUCUGUACUGCAGGCGGUAGAGAGGAGGGCUGGUGAGAGAGAGACAAGAACAAAGUAGAGUCUGGAUCGCAAUCUAUGCCUCAUGCUUAUUCAGCAUCCCUUUUAGAGGUUUAUUGUCUCUGCAGUUACUGGUGUGUUCCAGCUUUCGGUAAUACUGUCCUAAGGGAGCACAGUUCCAAAAAAAAAAAAAACACCACUAUGAUCUUGGCAAAGACUGCUCAGCUCCAAACUCUUCACUAUUGACAUAACUGUACAAAGCCCUUUACAGCUUCUUACAGACAGAGGUCCAUAAUUAGAGCUUUUUUAUCCUUGGGUUGUCCUUCCAGGUGACUACGUAGACUGGCUUCCUGGAUCUCAGAUAUUUAACCACUGCAGUAACCACGAACCACAUUUCUGGUAUAAUUGCUUCCACUUUGGCCUGCAAAGCAAUUCACGUUCCACACAGCCAAGAGAUCUUUUAAAAAUGUAAAUCAGACAUUUCACUCCUCUGUUUAAAACGCUUCAAUGGAUUCUCAUUGCUCUAAAAACAAAAGACAAAUUCAUUCCCAGGCCCUGUGUGAUCUUGCCCAGGCCCCCUCGCCACUGUUUCUUAACACACUCCUUCCUCAGGAAACUCAAGCCACACAGACUUUCUUUUCAUUCCUCUAGCAUUUCAAGCAGGUUCUACGUCUGGGUCUUUAUUCAUGUGGCUCCAGCUUCCUAAAACUCCUUCCUUGAAGAACUCAUUUUCAUCUUGCAGACCUCCACACCAACAUCUGUGAAAGAAACUGACUAUAUGCUCACCAAAAUGUCCUUUUUCCUCGACACAGUUACAUUGCAUUUCCCAGCGCCUUGCAUCAAGGCAAGGCUGGGUGAGUAGCUCUCACCCCUGGAAGGUAAGUAGAAGUGAUGUUUCACUACCAGGCCAAGGCAAUUACAGAGCAGAUGAGCCUUCUCCAUGUUCUCCCACUUCCUCUGCUUUCCAGAAUGACCUUGAAGCACAAAUUUAGAAGGUGAUGGAGUCAGCAUAGAGGAAGUCUGGAUAUCUUAAGUCACUGCUUAGAGGAAAGCUGCUUGACUAAGAACAUUCACAUGGAUUAAACUUGGAUUAAACAAUAAUUAAAAGUUACUGAAAUUAAGAAAAAAAACCUGUUGGGUUGGGUUAGUGAGUUUGGAGAGUAUUAACAUCAGUUAGCAUUAACUGUCUCACUAAUCUAAUCUUCUCUGGG